CAAAUACAAGUGAUUCUGUGUGUUUUAAGUGAUCUUAGUGAGGAAUAUUGUGUGUUGGGAUGGGGCUUGUAGACUGGGUGCUGGGGCGGGCUGCCAGCCUGCUGCUGAUUUCGGUCCUGGUGGACUGCGUCCCUCUAUCGCCCCGGACCUUCACGUCGUCCGGAAAGAUGCGCAAGCUGCACAAGAGGCCCGGGCAGGCCUCCCCGACCGCGCCCGCCCUCCCGCCCCCCCGGACCGUCACCGUGCAGUGCCACGACUCCGCCAUGGAGGUUGCAGUGAAGGCCGACCUGUUCGGGACGGGGGCCGUGAUCGACAGCUCCGACCUGCGGCUGGGGCCGCACCCGUUGGGCAAGGGCGGCAAGUGUGGGGCUGUGACCUCGGGAGAGGGGCAGUACACCAUCCUCGCUGGGCUGACGGACUGCGGCACGGAGCUGGUGUUCACCAAUGAAUGGCUGGUCUACAAGAACUCCAUAUUCUACUCGCCAACACCUUUGCCGGAUGGUGUCAUUCGAUUGGAGGAAACCAUGAUUCCGAUCAAGUGCCAUUAUAGAAGGCAGUACAGUGUGAGCAGUAAUGACCUGGAGCCUACGUGGGUGCCCUUCUCCGCUCGACAGUCCUCUGAAGAAGCCAUCUACUUCACCCUCAGACUCCUGACUGCGGACUGGCGUUCUGAGGGGACCUCCAACGUCUACUUCCUUGGCGACGUGAUCAAUCUGGAGGCUUCCGUUGUCCAGGGCAACCACGCGCCCCUCCGUGUCUUUGUGGACACGUGCAUGGCCACCCUGGUGCCUGACGUGAACUCUCACCCCAGAUACACAUUCAUCGAGGGAGGGUGCCUCACCGAUGCUAGGGCGACGGGGUCCCGGUCACGCUUCCUGCCCAGAACCCGGGACGACCACCUGCGCCUGGAGCUGGACGCCUUCAGGAUGCACCAGGACUCCAGGGACUCGAUCUACAUCACCUGUCUGGUAACUGCUGAGCCGGUGGAGUUGAGCACGGGGUCCCCAAACCAGGCUUGCUCCUAUGUUGACGGAAGGUGGACGUCGGCCGAUGAACGCGACCAGGCUUGUGGCAGCUGUGAGGGGUUCCACGGGUUCUCCUCCAGCAAGAGAACCCCAGAAGUUGGGGUGUGGAAGAGGGGAGCCAAGGCUGACACGGGUGCAGCCGGUACCGCCGGGACCAAACCUCCCGCUGCAGGUUCUGCUUCAGCGAAGACUGUGACCAUUGGCCCCCUGAUCGUCCAUUCACUUGGGCGAGCGGAGCAUUCGGGCAAUUCUGCGGAUGCCUCGGACAGCGUGGCCGAAGCGGGCAGUGCAGUGGACCCCUCAGCCAUUCCCCCUGAGGCAGGCACUGCGGUGGACACCCCACGGUCAUUGGAGGACCUUGCGACUGGACAAAUGGAGACCGCCACACUUCCUUUGACUGGGCGAUCGGCGCAUUCUGCGGACGCCCGCCCUGCCAUUUCACUGGAAGCGGGCACCUUGGGUACCUCUGGCCUUGAGACGGAGAGCUUGGAUGACCUUGAGAUCGAGAGCUGGGAUGACCUUGAUACCGAGAGGUGGUUGCCAACCCGGUAGAGUUGGAACGUUCUGUGGUUGUUGAAAAUGAAGAGGGCGCGAUUGGAGACGGAGAGAGUGGUCUUAGUUCUGGGCGAGUGGUGGGUCGUGCGCCCGACCAACAAGGUCUUCAGUUGCAACUGGCAAAUUGUCCAUUUGCAGGCCAAGUCACUGGGAGUCUGGAUGCAAAGAACCAACUUGUGAAAUAAAAUUCAAUAAAGACCACUUUAAUCCUGAA